AUGACUGAUUCUCUGUUUUGUGACCUUAGUAAAGCAUUCGAUUGUGUACCGCACAAAAUUCUAAAAAAACUUGAUUAUGGACUGAGAGGUGUUCCGUUAACGCUGAUGCAAUCCUACUUCACAAAUCGUCAACAAUUCGUCGACUGGCAAUAUAAGCUUAGUAAUGCAGAUGUAGUACCAGAUAUUGGAAUUGUCCAAUGCAGUAUUUUAGGUCCGCUACUAUUCCUAAUAUUUGUGAAUGAACUGCCCUCCAACUUAAAUUGCCAUUCGACUCAGUUCGCAGACGAUACGGCACUAGCAGUUGCAAGCAAAGACAUAAAAGUUAUGAAUGAAAAGAGGCAAAAUGCUUACAAACAAACUGAAGAGUGGUUCCUCGCCAAUAAAAUUGUUCUGAAUAGAAAUAAAACUGUUUCUAUUAAUUUUACAGCUAGUAGAAGACAUGUUGAACUUCAAGGCGGUGAAGUUAAGUACUUGGGACUAACAAUGGAUAGUUUGCUGAUCUGGGCCAAACAUAUAGAGUUGCUAUGCGCAAGGCUCUCGAAAGCCAUUUAUGCCAUCAGAAGAAUUCGAUCCAUAAUAAACCAGGAACGUGCCAGGGAAACCUACUUUGCUAUGUUCCAUUCUGUACUUUCAUACGGAAUAUUAGCUUGGGGACAUAGUGCACAUACUUCUAAAGUCAUGGAUCUACAGAAGAAGGCGGUUAGAGCAAUAGAAGGUGUCUCACCCCGGGAGCCUGCAGGCCGCUAUUCAUAA